AUGGAGUACAUACUCCGAUCCUUUGCUGCCGUGCUUGAUCAGCGAUUCGGAUCGACUUGUACAUUCUUCUUUGGACGAGUAUUAUUCCGAUUGAAAAAAGAAACGUCUCGACCUGAUGUAUCAAUCAGUGAAAAUCACAAAAUCGCUAGUCUUUCGCACGUAACUGGAGUGAACCAUGAACUUCAAUUCGUAACGGAUUUGAAGGAUAAAGUUACCGAGGUUAAUAUAGAUGCUUAUACGUUGAACGCUCCUACUAUGUUGGGUGCACCACAAGAUUCUGAUCCUGUUUCUGUUAGUAUUGGCGAUAUUCCUCAUUUCAAGCUCACAGAUAGUGUUGGCGCACACCACUUCAAGACGUACCUGUUCUUUCCGAGGAUCUACGCCUACAAUUGCCGUAAUGGCAUUGAUAUCAAGUCAUAUCCACCUUUGAGUAUUCUGAAAAUCUUCAUGGAAAAUGUCUUUAUCAAGGCUUUGGAUAAUGAGUUGCCAGCUGCCAUUCGUUCUCGGGGCCGUCAAGCGUCAAGGAAAGUCUCCAGGGUGAUUCCUUAUUUAAAGACUUCUUUUAGGUUUCCUUAUUGUGGAGUGCAGCAAGCCAAUCGUCAGUAUACCUUUCGUUAUGAAAUUCGCGUGGUCGCCAAAACCAUCUAUACCCCAAGAAUACACCAACUGCAACACAGACUAAAGGAUGUAUUACUUGAUACCAAUAACAUUUAUACCCUCAGCAGCAAGCAUUAUACCCAAUACCAGCAACAACUUUUUCAGCUAUUACUUGAAUUAGCCAACAUCUAUGCUUAUCGCUGCGAUACUCAUGAUUAUAAUAUCCUCUUUGUUAUCAUCAAUGCUACAUGCGCCACCAUCCCUCAUGCCAUGGGACAAAACCUCAUAUACUGUAUCUACAUAUUUAAAAUGUUCUUCGACCAAAUGUUCCGUAAUAUCAAUUUGGAUAAGCCCACGAAAGAAUUUUGUUUAGGCUCUAAAGCUGUUCAACUUAACACAAAUAUUGAUCCUUUGAUCGAUGUCAACCCUCAGCCUUCUAUACGAGCCAAGACAGCGGUCGACAAUAUUUUUCUAAGAAUUGGUCACUGA